AUGGCUGAUUUCUGGUGGAACUCCUUUGAGCAUAAGCGGAAGAUGCAUUGGCUGAGCUGUCAAGCUCUCUUGGCCAAACAAGCUUGGAGAAUACUUAAUCAUCCGGACUCCUUGUUCUCUAGACUUUUCAAAAGCAGAUACUUUGAUCAGUCAAAUUUCCUCAGUGCCAAGAAUGGGCCACGACCUUCAUACGCAUGGAGAAGCAUUCAAUUUGGAAAGGAGCUGUUGACUCAGGGACUUCGGAAACAUGUUGGUGAUGGAAGGACUAUCUCGGUCUGGGUCGACAACUGGAUAGAGGGAGAUGUCAGGCGUAGACCUCUGAUGAAGAAUAUAUUUGUGGACCUGUUACUGAAGGUGAGUGAUCUAAUUGAUUUUCAGAAUAACUGCUGGAACCUUCAGAUCCUGCAAGAGCUGUUCUUUGAAGAAGAUAUUGCAAGAAUCCUAGCUAUGAAAAUAGUUUCCUCUCAGGAUGACUAUUGGGUCUGGGUCCACAAUAGAAAUGGCAGCUAUUCAGUAAAAUCAGGCUAUUGGUUCAUUAAUUCCUGGAAGAGAAGAGAGGAGAUAAGAGAAGCAGAAGCAAGGCCAUCGACCAACGACCUCAAGCUAUCGGUCUGGCAAAUUGAAACAACUCCAAAGAUCAAAACUUUUAUGUGGAGAGCUCUCAGCAAUGCGAUCCCGGUGGGAGAGCUGUUACUCAAAAGAGGAGUUCGGUUGGAUCCUUGUUGCCAGGCUUGCGGUUUCCAGGGUGAAUCCAUUAAUCAUUUGCUUUUUGAUUGCUCUAUAGCAAGACAAGUUUGGGCGCUGGCGAAUGUCCCGCAUCCGAUGAAUGGGUAUGACAGAGUUUCUCAUUUCUCUAACUUCCACUACCUUAUGAUGUUGAUGAAGAACAAGGCGAUAAGUGAGAGGAUCAGGAACAUGAUUCCUUGGAUCGCUUGGUACUUAUGGAAAACGAGAAAUGGGAUAAUUUUUGAAGGAAAAGCUUUCGUGGCAACAGAUUUGAUAGACAAGAUUUCGGCGGAAGCUGAAUUCUGGUUGCUAGCUCAAAAACAUGAGAAAGAGAUGGAAGAGAAGGAGAAAGUAGUGGUGGGGAUCAAAGAUCGCAGAUGGACACCUCCAAACCGCGGCUGGUUGAAGUGUAAUAUUGGAGUUGAUGUGGACAAGAACAAGCAGAGGAGUGGAGGCUCGUGGGUGUUAAGAGACGAGAUGGGCAGAGUUGUUUUGCAUAGUCGAAGAGCUUUCUCUAACAUUCCAUUACUUGAUGAAGCCAAGCUCCAAGCUCUGAUUUGGUCGAUUGAAUGUUUGAGUUUUCACAGGGUCAAUCGAGUGAUCAUUGCUAUGGAUGAUGCUACACUGCCCAACGUAAUUCUCAGACCAAAAGCAUGGCCAAACUUCACGUGUCAAUAUGCACAGAUCAUGGCGAGACUGAGAAAGCUGGAAUGGUGGAGGUUGAUAAAAGAAGAGAGAACCACUAACAGAGGGGCUUUCCUCAUUGCGCAAAGUGUGACAAAGGGAGGCUUUUUGCAUUCCUAUGUAGCCACAGGAGCGCCCAAUUGGGUGGCUGAUUUAUUUCACAAUGAGGAAACGCUUCCCUCUUCUUAG